AUGACCUUUGAGCAGUACAAGAAAGGGUCAAGAUACUUCUCCCACUGGAUUCAAUUUCGCCGUAAAUAUGAGUCUUUUAUUCGGGACAUGGAAGGACAGCAAUUGUUCUUUGAGGGCAUUCUACAAGAUCUGCUGUGUGGCGGCCCCAAUCCAUAUCUCAUAGGCGGUGAUUCAAAAGACUCAUUUCUUGAUAUCGUUGGCGACAAAGACUUCAUCGGGUGGCGUGACCCAGUGCUGAAGCAGAGGCUUGUUACGCGGCUGGAUUCGCGAUAUGAUUGGUGCAUGUACACUAUCAAAAGGAUAUAUGAUAUUAUGACCGAGUUAGGAGAGUUGCUAGAUAUCCAAGCACUAAAUCCGAGUAAUCAAUCCAACCAUCAGUGGUUAUCUUACGAGCUCAAACGCAUUACUCAAGUCCUAUUCGAUGAUCAUUAUAAAGGCCAUGAGGAGUCCAAGAGGCUCAUAGAAGAGCUCAAACAGAUGGUGGUACUAAGCGACCGACAAAGUGUUCGAGGGGGCUUUCGGUCCAAGACCGCAUCCUCGGGGUUGGGCCCAUUUUUCCAAAAGACAAGAGAAAACGCAAACAACUUACAUGAGUUACUGAAGAGCAGCUGGCAUUGCUGUUGUGAAGUAUCUCAUAAGGUAUUAAUACAACUUGAGAGAAGAGUCGACCACGGUGACGACAACUUUAAUCUACUAUGUUAUUUACCGGAAACUAAAGAGAAGAUGGAUGAUAAGAACUUCGCCAAUUACUUGCAGCAUUCAGUGAAAGUUAAAAUAUCGCAACAAAUUGAUACCCCAAAAAUACCAGUAACGCCAAAGAGUGUUGAAGCCAACCUCAAACCACCAGUCGUAUCACCCAAAGCCAGUUCGGAAACCGGGAUCAGUAUUGGAAGCCAGAGCUCAAACAAGAAAGACUCGAGUCUACGAGAACGCGUUUGGGAUGUUAGAUCUAGCUUGAAAAACCGGUUUACAAAAAAGUCGAAGACGAAACAAGAAAAGACCAAAGUGAUGAAACAUUUCGCAAUUGCCGAGCACAUGCAAGUCCAAGAUCGUCUUGACGUGGCUGGUGUAAAAGCCAUUGAAGAAGUUACGGUUUCGAUCGACAACCCACCUCCAAUCCCCAUUAUUGUCGAGCCGCUGACAGACUUGUGUGAAACGAUAUCCUGCCGCACAAUUUCUCCUAAUACAAUUUUGGGCUGUAUGGUGGACGAAUCGAUGAACUCGUAUGAGUUUCAGUUGCACUCGAGAGUCUCACCCGCAGAGGAGAAUCGAACGCUUGCUCAAAUACUGGAGGCCAAUGCUGUUCAGCCGUAUCAGUUCCCGCCAGAAAAGCGAGCAGUCGUCGCUGCUAUUCUGGCAUCGACUAUUCUUCAGCUACAGAAGACCUCAUGGUUGAGCGUGAGGCUAGACAAGAAUGACAUAUUCUUUACCGCUCGCGAUGGCAAAGUCCUCUUCGACGAACCCUACCUCUCACAAUCCUUCCUCUCAACAACCCGUUUAAAGCCAACUCCCUCGACCCCACUUACCACAGCCUCCACCAAACUACUCCUGGAAUCCCUUGGUAUAAUCCUAAUCGAACUCUGUUUCGGCGUGCCAAUCGAGACCUUCGCCUCUAAGACCCCGCUAAGGCCGGUUUCUUCGACAUAUAGACACGAGUACCAUCUAGCAAUUGCGCAUGCAUGGACGUGGGAGGAGAUUCGAGCGCAGGAUAGCUUGUUCUCUGAUCCGGUGCAGUCGUGUUUGCAUUUUCCCAGGAGCGGGCUGGGCAGGAGUGAUGAAGUGGAAGAUAUCUAUAGGUUAAUUGCGGAGCCAAUUUAUAGGGAAAUGGUUAGAAGGUGGCCCGAGAGACGGUAG